AUGCACAGAGCAGCGUCGCCAGCGCUCUCGGAGAAUGAGGUCGACAUCUCCAAGGGACUAUUUGGCAAAGGAGCAGGAUACGCCUCGGACAGCGAAGCAGCUUCAGAUGCUGGCGUGGAAGACGAGGCGAGCGCGCAAGAUGGAGGAAGCGAAGAUGAAGACGAGGCUUUCAUCGCCGCGACACAGGCCGCUGUCAACCGCAAAGGCGAUGGCAAGGCGGCGAAGAAGACUGGAGCGUUUCAGUCUAUGGGCUUGAACGCGCAUCUGCUCAAGGCGAUCCAGCGAAAGGGCUUUACGGUGCCAACGCCGAUCCAGAGGAAGACUAUACCGAUGAUACUGGAUGGACAAGAUGUCGUCGGCAUGGCGAGGACGGGUUCUGGCAAGACGGCGGCGUUCGUCAUUCCUAUGAUCGAGAAGCUAAAGUCGCAUUCGGCCAAGGUUGGCGCGAGAGCUGCUAUCUUGUCGCCGUCCCGCGAACUGGCUCUGCAGACGUUGAAGGUGGUUAAGGAGAUGAGCAAGGGCACAGAUCUGCGGACUACUUUGUUGGUAGGUGGUGACAGUCUCGAAGAACAGUUCAGCAGUAUGGCAAGCAACCCGGACAUAAUUAUCGCCACGCCCGGCCGAUUCGAGCAUCUUAAAGUCGAGAUGCGCUUGGAGCUUUCAAGCGUGCGGUAUGUGGUCUUCGAUGAGGCAGACAGGCUGUUCGAGAUGGGGUUUGCGGCGCAACUGCACGAGAUCAUGCACUCGUUGCCUCCUUCCCGUCAGACACUGUUGUUCUCCGCUACGCUGCCGAAGUCGCUUGUGGAGUUUGCACGAGCUGGUUUACAGGACCCGAAGCUCAUUCGCCUGGAUGCAGAAAGCAAGAUGGCGCCUGAGCUGCAGAGUGCAUUCUUCACAGUGAAGCGUGCCGAGAAGGAGGGUGCGCUGUUGCACAUAUUGCAGGAUAUCGUAAAGAUUCCUCCUGGAGCCACCGAAGCAACUCGACGAUUGAAAGAGCAAAAGACGACUGGUGGCAAGAAGCGGAAGCGAGGCGCAGAUGGUCCAGUGCCCGGCGAGAGCCCAUCACCGCACUCCACGGUUGUCUUCGUUGCUACCAAGCAUCAUGUUGAAUACCUCGCUGGCCUACUGAAAGCUUUAGGCUAUGCUACCUCCUACGUAUAUGGCUCUCUGGAUCAGACCGCCCGGAAGAUGCAAGUGGAAGACUUCAGAACUGGCAUGACAAACAUACUUGUUGUCACGGAUGUCGCAGCCCGUGGACUGGAUAUUCCAGUGCUCGCAAACGUCAUCAACUAUGACUUCCCGUCGCAGCCAAAGAUUUUUGUGCACCGUGUCGGCCGAACAGCGAGAGCCGGUAAAGCCGGGUGGAGUUACAGCUUAAUUGCUGAACACGAUCUAGCUUACCUUUUGGACUUGCAACUGUUCUUGAGCAAGAAACUUGUGGUCGGACGUGUUCGCAAAGAAGAUGGAAUGUUCAAGAACGACAUCGUCGUGGGUGCCAUGGUUCGAGACAAGGUCGAGCGCUGCUGCGAAGAGGUGAGCAAAAUCAUUGAAGACGAUGAAGACCUUAUCUCGACUCGAGAAGUUGCCGGCAAAGGCGAGAAGCAGUAUCUGCGCACCCGCAAUUCUGCGUCUGCAGAAAGUGUCAAGCGUGCCCGACCGCUUGCGCACGGCGAGACGGCGAAAGGCACUAAUAUGCUAUUCGAGCCCGACGAAGACGCCGACGCCGAACAGCAGAGGCUUGAUAUGCUUGCGAGAGUGAGUGGCUUCAGACCGCAGGAGACUGUGUUUGAGAUUGGCAGGAAAGGCAACAGCAGCACUGCUGCGGAUAUCAUGCGGAAGCGUAGGGCAAGAAUAGAGCCCAAGCACCAAGCUGAUAAAGACGAGGAGGAUCUCGAAGACGCUCCACCAACCAACGGGACCGCAGACAUCGACGUCGAGUCAGACGACGAACUCAUGCUCACCCGCCCGGACGUCGACAUGGACGAAGCCUCCGAAGACGAGCUCGACCUCACCUUUACCAAACCUUUUAAUCCCAGCAACAAGUCCAAGUCCACCACCUACCAAGACUCCGAACACUUCAUGGGCUACACGCCCACCACCCUCAACCUCGCCGAAGACCGCGGCUACGGCGUCGCCUCCGGCGGCACCAACUCGUCCAACUUCGUCUCCGCCGCCGCAGACGCCACCAUGGACCUCACAAACGACGAGUCGAAAUCCUUCGCCGAGCCCUCCCGCUCCCGCGGUCUCCGCUGGGACAAAAAGGGCAAGAAGUACGUCUCCAAAGCCCACGACGACGACGGCUCGAAGAGCAACACCAAAAUGAUCCGCGGCGAGAGCGGACAGAAACUCCCCGCCUCCUUCCGCUCUGGCCGUUUCGACGCGUGGCGUAAAGCGAAUCGCGUGGCUCGGCUACCGAAGGUUGGAGAAAUGGAGCGGAGCGGGGCGCAUUUUGCGCAAGGUGGAGGGGAGGGGAAGCGGUUCAAGCAUAAGCAGGAGAAGGCGCCGAAGCGGGCGGAUAAGUAUCGAGAUGAUUACGAGAGCAGGAAGAAGAGGGUGGCGGCGGCGAAGGAGAGGGGUGGGGAGGGCAAGGGAAAGAGUGAGUUGAGGGGUGUAGAGGAUGUGAGGAAGUUGAGGCGGGAGAAGGGGAAGAGGAGGGAGAAGAAUGCUAGGCCGAGUCGGAGGGGUUGA